CCUCCUCCUGGUUCCUGUGGGACCGGACUCACCAACAGUGGCUCCGCCCCGACGAAAAAAAAGACCCGCGCCUCUGCAGACAAUCUCACCUGUGACAACAGCCACUACAGCGCCAGGGCCGAGGGAAGAACUGAGAGUGAUCACUUUGAGGACUUUCAUGGCCUCCACCUUCUCCGUGCGCAGCUACUCGGUAGGUCAGCCCUCCCUCUCGGCCAUGUCCGCCAGGGACAGCGUCCGCUCCAAGCCCCCCUUCCCCGGGGGCACCAUGGCCCUGGGCCGCUCCGUCUCCAUGGGCAACGGCCUCAACAUGCUGGCCACCCGCCUCGGCGGGGCGGCGAGCGAGAAGGAGACCAUGCACGGCCUGAACGACCGGCUGGCCACCUACCUGGACAAGGUGCGCUCGCUGGAGAGGUCCAACGGCGAACUGGAGGGGAAGAUCAAGCAGCUCAUGCUCGAGAAGGCUCCGAAGGGGCACGACAUCGAGGGGAUGAUGGCCCAGGCGCACGCCAUCGGGCAGGAGAUGAGGAAGAAGGCGCUGGAGAACGCCCGCAUCCUGCUGGAGAUCGACAACGCCAAGCUGGCGGCCGACGACUUCAGGGUCAAAUGGGAGGCCGAGGCCACCAUGUGCCAGUCGGUGGAGAGGGACUGCCAGGCGCUGAAGAGAGCGAAGACCAACCACGACCAGCUGGUGGCCACUCUGCGGGGGGACCUGGACAGCCUGAAGGAGGAGCUCUACUUCCUGAAGAAGAACCACGACGAGGAGAUGACUUUAAUGAAGUCGCGCCUGGCCAAUGACCAGGUGAGCGUCGAGGUGGACGCGGCUCACGGCCCGGACCUGGGAGCCAUCAUGGCCGAGCUGAGGGUCCAGUAUGAGGGCAUCGCCCGCAAGAACAAGGAGGAGGCCGAGACCUGGUACCUCAAGAAGCUGGACGCGGUGCAGUCGGAGGUCAGAGAAAACAACGAGGCGCUGCGCUGCUCCCAGAGCGAGCUCAGCGAGCGACGGCGUUUCCUGCAGGCUCUGGAGGUCGAGCUCGACAGCCUCCGGAAGCAGGUGGGAGUGCUGGAGGGAAACCUGGGGGAAACGGGCCACAGGUACUCGGCGGAGAUGGACCGUCUCCAGGCCACGCUGACCCACCUGGAGGACGAGCUGUCUCAGCUGCGUUUGGACAUGCAGCGCAACAAGACCGAGUACGAACAGCUGCUGCGCAUCAAGCAGAACCUGGAGAUGGAGAUCGCCACCUACAGGAGGCUGCUGGAGGGGGAGGAAAUGGUGAAAGAAACACCUCCACCUCCGAAAAAAGAACCGGAUGUCAGGACGAGGAAGAUAGUAAAAGUCGUCACCCAGACCAUGAUCAACGGCAAAGUGGUGGAUGAGUCCAGCGAGGUGGAGCAGAUCGAGGAGCGCAAAAAAUGAGCCAUGAGUGUGCGAAGAGAAGAAGACGUCUCUUAAACCCAAAGCCUGCUGACAGGCAGCUCUGAAAAAGGCCUCGAGCUUCAUUUUCCAUGCACAAAGCAUUGGUCUUUUUCAUCCAGCUCUUGUAAUUAAACUCGGCGCAUGCUGUAGCCUUAAUUGUAGAAAUCGACCAUAGCAGCUGUACAGUGUCAAUAAAACAGUGUUUCGGAAAAAAAAAAUGAGAGUCCAUGCUCAUUUUCAAGUAAGUCGAAACUUUGACUGAUACUGGAGGAACAUGAUCGUCGGCGUAGCAACAAAGAAACCUGUGAUUCUGCACCAAGAGGGCAGAAACCACAAAGACCUAAACGCAACGGUUUCAGCUUACGGGCUUUUGUGUGUUUGUUUGCGAGUGUUUUCGUUUCAGUGACUUUUCCUUUUGAAUUUUUAACGCACAUGUACAUUUUGUACAGUUUAUAGGAAUUUAAGAAAUGUUUGGAACACGGCCACUAAAAAACUAAGUAAAAAAAAAAAAAUGUGUAAACAGUCAAAAUGUGACAAUCCACAAUAACAACACGAAUCCCGGCAGCAGUCAACAACAACGGUAAAAACAGUUUAAUUUCACUUUAUAUUUUGAAUGUUAUAUUUAGGUUGUCGGGGGUGUUUUUUGUUGUAAUGUUCCGUAUUACAUAAUAAUGUUUUUCCAAACCUUUCCCGAAAAUUUGAACGUUCCAAUUUGAAUAGGCGUUACAGAAACAAACUGAGUGCAGACUCAGCUCAGGGAAGCACUGGUUUCCUGCAGCUUCUUGUGAGCGCGGGUCUCACAUCAGUCUGUCACUCCGGCGUGAAAAGUUUCACUAUGAUGCAGAAAACAAUGAACAAACACAGCGCCAGAGUCAGACGCCACCGAUAGCGUCCGAGUCCUGAUAUAAUGUCUCGGAAUAAAAAACGGUGACUAUUUUUUUCUCGCCUUUGUGACAAACUUGUAAAAAUCCGAAUGCAGAGUUUCCACACAGACUUUUAAGUGUCAUCAAGCCAGAAAGGAAUGUGACGCACCCGAGGUACUCCUUUCUUUCACCUAAGAUCAUGUUUUAAGUACAAAUCUAAGCAAACGUUCUGUCAAAUCCAACGUAGAAGGACUCUCACGAAGAGAUUAAGUGACCAACCUGUGCUG